UACAGAGGUCACCGCAUCAAGAUGAAGGCACAACUUUUCGUUUUGAUCGCAGCUACUGUGGCUUUUGCCAGCGGAAGAGCACCUGUGCUGAGGGCUGCUCGCAGUAGUGACGUAGCCGGAGACGGAAGGACGUACAUUGUGAAAGUGAAAGACAAUGCCGACGUGAACCGUGUCAUCAUGAGAGGACGUGUGGUACUGAACAGACUGAUGGCUUCCGGUGAGGAGCCCUCCGACGCCGACGUCGGCAGCAGGAAGAUGGAAAUCGGGAACGCCAAGUUCUUCACCAUCCACGCUAACUCCAGGCUCCUGGAGGCUCUUCAGGAUGACGAUGACAUCGAGUUUAUUGAACAGGACACGUUGCUGUACGCGGCAGCUUGCGUCCCUAUUGACAACAGCGGCCUCUGGGGUCUGGACAGAAUUGACCAGAGAUCAGGCACCCGUGACCAAUGCUUUGACCCAGUAGGAGACGGAGCGGGUGUCGAUGCCUUCAUCCUUGACACCGGUAUUGACGUGGCUCACAGUGACUUCAGGACUGGCAGGGCUGUCGACUUCAAGGACCUUUACAGCGCUUUCAGCGAGCCAUACGGCCCCAGCUCCAGUGACGGCAACGGUCACGGGACUCACGUCGCUAGUACUGUUGGUGGCAAUACCAUGGGCGUGGCCAGAGCUGUCAAUCUAGUCGCCGUCAAAGUUUUGUCUGAUCAAGGAAGUGGAAGUACAACUGGUAUCAUUGGGGCAAUUGAAGACGUGGUAGCGUAUGCUAGAACCUCCAAUCGCAAAGGAGUCAUCAACAUGUCGCUCGGCGGCACCGGAAGCAGUAUCAAUGCCGCAUCAAAUGCAGCAGUGCAAGCGGGCGUGACUGUUGUUGCUGCGGCCGGUAACUCCAACGAUGAUGCGUGCGGCUACUCCCCGGCUGGUGCUAGUGAAGUUGUCUGUGUUGCGGCCAGUACAAACCAAGACGCCAAGGCUUCUUUCUCCAACUACGGCUCUUGUGUUGACAUCAUUGCCCCUGGCCAGUCCAUCUUAGGAGCUGACGCCAAUUCCGGAAGUGGAUCUGUCAGCUUGAGCGGUACAUCUAUGGCUGCCCCACAUGUGGCUGGAGCAGUAGCCUUGUUUUUGGGCAGCUCACCGAAUGCCACCCCUGAUGACGUGAAGUCUUGGCUUUACGACGGAGCAACCAUGGACGUCAUAUCCGGUUUCCCCGGAAGUACACAACCAACAACAGCGCCACCUGAACACAUCUGUUGUGCCCUUGACUGGGACUUCUGCUGCCCCUCGUCCUUGGUUAGACCUAUGGCCACACCAAACAGGUUCCUCUUUGUUGGAAGUGACGGUUCCAAAUAGUCCCAAGGCUCGGGACUUGCCCGGAGUGCUUAAAAGACAACACGAAUAAAAUCUAAUGUGUUAUGAAUUGCUAAAGUGACUGAGAUUUAUUGUUUCAUUUUUGGUUGAUUGGGUGAAUAAAAAUUGCUUG